GCGGAGGGGCGGGCCGGGGGCGGUGGCCCGGCUGCGCGCGCUCGGCCCCCGAGGUGCGGGCCUUUAUAAAUGCGCCCGCUCGGUAGGCGGUUGUUGCGGAGAGGUUUGCGGGGUCGGGAUGGUCGGGGUGCGUGCGGUUUCAGAGCAGAGGCGCCCGGAGCAGAGCGCGCCAGGCCUGCCUCACGCAGGCUUCGUGCUGGGGCUGGACGUGGGCAGCUCGGUCAUCCGCUGCCACGUCUAUGACCACGCGGCGCUGAUCCGCGGCUCCAGCGCGCAGAAGGUACAAAGUCUUUAUCCUCAAACUGGCUGGGUUGAAAUUGAUCCUGAUGUUCUCUGGCUUCAGUUUCUUGCUGUAAUAAAAGAGUCUGUUAAAGCUGCAGAAAUAGAGAUGAAUCAAAUUGUUGGUCUUGGCAUUUCAACACAGAGAGCAACUUUUAUUACAUGGAACAAGAAAACAGGAAAUCAUUUUCACAACUUCAUUAGUUGGCAAGAUCUAAGAGCUAUUGAGCUGGUAAAAUCUUGGAAUAAUUCAUUCCUAAUGAAGCUAAUACAGAGCUCCUGCCGAGUGCUACACUUUUUCACUAGAAGUAAACGAUUUUUUGCAGUCAGUAUGUUCAGUUUCACAAACCAGCAUGUUUCUUUGAGAUUGGCCUGGAUUUUACAGAACCUGGUUGAGGUGCAAAAGGCAGUUGAAGAAGAUAAUUGCUGCUUUGGGACUAUUGAUACCUGGUUGUUACACAAGCUCACAAAAGGUUCUGAAUUUGCCACGGAUUUUUCAAAUGCCAGUGCAACUGGGCUAUUUGACCCUUUUAAGAUGUGUUGGAGUGGGCUCCUGACCUCCCUGCUUUCAAUACCACUGUCUCUCCUGCCUCCUGUGAGGGAUACGAGCCACCAUUUCGGAUCAGUGGAUGAAGAGAUAUUUGGUGUGCCUAUACCAGUAGUGGCCUUGGUCGCCGAUCAGCAAUCAGCCAUGUUUGGAGAAUGCUGCUUCCAGACUGGAGACGUGAAACUUACCAUGGGAACUGGGACAUUUUUGGAUAUUAAUACUGGAAAUAGCGUGCAACAUACUGUUGGAGGCUUUUAUCCACUAAUUGGGUGGAAGAUUGGGCAAGAAGUUGUAUGCUUAGCUGAAAGCAAUGCAGGAGACACUGGUACAGUCAUAAAAUGGGCUCAACAAUUAGACCUUUUCACAGAUGUUGCUGAGACUGAAAAAAUGGCCAAAAGUUUGGAAGAUUCUGAAGGAGUCUGUUUUGUUCCAUCUUUUAGUGGAUUGCAGGCUCCAUUAGAUGACCCCUAUGCAUGUGCCUCUUUUAUGGGUUUGAAGCCUUCCACCAGUAAAUACCAUCUUGUACGAGCAAUAUUGGAAUCAAUAGCUUUCAGAAACAAACAGUUAUAUGAGUUGAUGCAGAAAGAGAUCAAUAUCCCUGUGAAAAAAGUCCGGGCAGAUGGAGGAGUUUGUAAGAAUGAUUUUGUCAUGCAGAUGACUUCAGACCUGAUUAAUGAAAAAAUAGAGAGACCUGUCAACACAGACAUGUCGUGCCUUGGUGCAGCUUCUCUAGCUGGCCUUGCUGUUGGGUUUUGGACUGACAAGGAAGAACUAAAGAAACUGAGGCAAAGUGAAGUGGUUUUCAAGCCACAGAAGAAAUGGCAAGAAUAUGAAAUGAGUAUGGAAAACUGGGUCAAAGCAGUGAAACGCUCCAUGAAUUGGUAUAACAAGAUGCAGCACUAAGUGGAACGGUUGGUUAAUGUGACAUGCAGAUGAGACACAGCUCAGGGAUAAUAACCAAUACGACGAUGACUGAGAAGAUUUAAGAUGAGCUUUGCAACCUGAGAGAAAAAAAAACCAGUGCUUUUUUGAAAACAAAACAAAAAAUCCCUCAUUUUUUAAUAUAAACCUUGGUAAAUUGUAAGGCAACAGUACCUCAAAACUUUGUAUCUUCUGUUUUAUAGUAAAUUCCAAAGGACAUUAGACAUUUCCAGCCAUAUUUUUACAGCUAUGGGUCCUCCUCCUUUUUAUACGGGGUCAGUGAUCUAUACACACAUUUGCUAUCUGAGUUACUAGUUCUGGGUCAAGCACCGUUCAUGUUUUGUUCCAAAACUAAGUGACAAGUGUUCCUUUAAUUCUUUAAAAUUAAAUGGGCUAUAUGAAGUUCACACAGCUAGAAAGAAAGAAUGAGGAAAUGCCGAAAUUUUGAAACAUUAAUAUUUUAUAUUUAAAACCAUAAUUGUUCAGUACUGUAUCCAAAUAUGAGCUCAAUAUGCCCCACAGAUAGGCUUACUUGUUAGUCAGUUCUUUCCUUUAUUGGGCUUAAAGACACUGCCUUAAUUUUUACUUGUUUAACCAAAAUCUGAACAUUCUGUAUGUAUUGGAAAAAUAACUUUAGUUAAUGAAACUAAAAAGGGUCUUGAUUCAUCAGGAACAAGAAGAUAUUUUCUUCCUCAAACAGCAUUUCUUUCAAAAACUUCUGCCUGAAGUAUAACAUCCCGUUUUUGUUUUUGUUUUUCAAAAUCCAGCUAGUGAAUAUAAAUCUUGCUUUUCUUUUCCUGUUCUUUAUCUUUGUUGUUGAGAUGCUUGCAUAAAUGUCUUUUGCUUUUAUUAAGUGCCUAAUUGACAGUGCUUAAUUUGAAGAAAGUGCCCUAAUUCAUUGGUGACAUAAGAAUUGCCUUCACUGCGGUAUUUAACUUGUCCAGAUAUCUUUUAUUUUUGUCCAAUCUGCUCAUCUCUCAGAUAGCAUCAGUGGGUAGCGGACAGAGGUAAUCAGAGUAUAUCCAUGCUAAUGAUUGCCCUAUAACCACCUGGGCCAGAGCUCCACAGAAAGGAGCAGGGACAGUUCUACAAUAUCAAACUUUCUUGAUAGAAACAAAUGUAAAAGAAUCAGAGUUGUGAGUAGCUUUAGGCCUGGUGUAAAAUUGUCCUAUGGAAGGAGACUACCUUCCAACCUGUUCUCAUACUGUUUGGCCCUCUCUCUAUUUGGGCUAGGUUCCAUUUAGACUUGUGUAGCAAUAAUGAAUUUAUUUCUCUCUUAGGCUUUGUCACAUGAAGUCCUACUGUUCUAGAUCUAGUUGUUAAAUACUAAUGUAAUUUAAAAAGUGACUGUUGCAGGGAAUUUUGUGGUUGCUGUCACAUGUAUCUAUUUCAGUGACAGAUGUGAUAGAGAUCUAGGGGCCACAUUGCAUUUCACCAAAUUCUAUUUCAGUGAACUAUGUCUUCUUAAAGUAUUAACAUUUUUGAUGGAAUCAUUAUAGCCAAUGGUAUCAUUAACUCCAUUAACUAAGAUUUGGAAAUAUUUUUGUUAAGUGGAGGUGUUUUGUUCACUGUAACAAGUUAGAUUCCAUUAUGUAGAUAGUGUUCUUUUAUUCUUUUUCAUUUUUUAUGUCCUUUUUACAAAGCUUAGUGAGCAUUUAUAGGCCUUUUAACCAAAAUCAGAUCAUAUGCAAGCAUCUCUGCUGUUUUACUAUUUCUUACAGAUUCUGCUUCUCAGUGGGUAUGGUUUCAUAGGAAAGAAUUGUCUUUCUGUAUUAAGAUAUACUGAAUUGUAAUAUUAUUGAUACUUAAAAAUCUGUUAGCUCAUUUCUUUUUCACAUUCUUCUUUACAUCAUGAAACCACAAAAUAAAGGUUAAAUACCUUUUAGAUAAUGUGAGAGAGUAACUUAGAAUAUGUCUCAUCAGAAUUGAGCAUCUCAAAAAUCAGUGGCUAAUUUUUCCUUCUGUUUGUCUAGGAGUUAAUUUAUUUUUACUACCUCGCAUUGUUUUUUACUGACACAGUUUAGUAAAUCUUUUGCCAGAUUCGACCUAAAUCAGGAACAUGACCACAUUUGCUUUUGUAGUUGUAGAAACAGUUGCUAUUCAAAAUCAGUUGAGCAAAAUAAUUAUCCCUUCCAUCUUCCAAGUUUGUUUUCAUUUGUAUGCUAAUAUUUGCAGUUAAAAAAAAUUGUGCUAAGAUUUCUCAGCAUGUUUUAUUUUCCUAUUAUGGAUCAAUCAGGUAUUUUUAGGAGAUCUGUAGCUAUCUUAUCAGAAGAGAAUGUUUCUGUACAAUCCUUCUUAAAGUGGUACUAAUUGCUUUCA